AUGCCAAGACGAUCUAAGGCUCCGCCGCCACCGGCGCUGUACAAGCAAAAGUCAUGGUCGUCGGACACGCUCCGGGAAGUGGCAUGGCAGAGGCGGAAGGAAGAUCAUGCCACCCGCGGCCGGCUGAGCAAGAGUGUCUCGGAGGAUGAUCUGCAGGAAUUGAAAGCUUGCAUCGAACUCGGGUUUGGGUUCGAUUCACCGGAAACCGACCCGAAACUUUCCAGCACCAUCCCUGCUUUGGAGUUGUUCCAUGCUGUUAAUAAACAGUACAAUAAUCAUAGCUUGUCUCGCUCCUCUUCUUCCUCUUCCAUUUUCUCCGAUACUAACAUUGCAAACACCACCACUAUAUUCAAUCCAGGUGAUGAUUUGGAUGCGAAGAAGACUCGGCUGAAACAAUGGGCGAAGGUGGUUGCUUGUGCGGUGCGCCAAUCUUCCACCUCCACUGGUCCGUUCCCCUCUGAUCAAGUUAAUCAAUAG